GUGGUUCGUUCUUCUUUAACGGCGAUAAUGUUCGCCCACCUGAAACUUUCUGUUGGUGAGCAUUCGCAUUUUUAACAGAUCGAUCACGAUCGCAACCAUAUAUCGUCGUGGGGGUCGUGAGAGAUCCGUAAAUCGGGUGCAGUUAGUGGAGGGCUAUUAAAAAUAAAAAGAAAACCUAAAUCACGAUCACACGCGUACGGUUCUUAAGCUAGAGGAAAUAAGUAAUUUAAUACAUCAAAGUACAAACACAAGCACAAUGUAGAUAGAAAAGCUUUAUUUCCUAUUUCGCACUUACUGUUAUGCGCAACACUGUACUAAACCUGCUCCGCUAGUUCUAAAAUGGUUUCAGCUCGCUUCACCCUUCUUCUGCUUCCGUGUACCGUACAGCUUCUGUAGUAGAACUUCCCCGUUGUUGCUAUUUUUCCACAUUUGCUACUACCCACCGAAUGAUCGCCAUACGUUACCGACGGUUAUCAUCAUCAUCCACCCUUACCUGUCCGGCGGAACAGCACGCGCACAAGGGAAGGGAAAAAUCAUAAUCUUUCCCGGUGUGUUAUUUGGUAACACGCGCGCGUGUUGUCUAAACUUCUUGCUGGCAUGGGCAUCAUUGUCGUACGGACCAGCGGCUCCGCGGUAUCGUGACACAUUCGGUGAGAUAUUUUUUUCGCGAUCUACUCUCACAAUUUAAAUCAGUCCACUCUUCGACGGCAGCCGGUCCGGACGUACGUGUCGUCUGAUCGUCUGGGCAAUUCCGGGCAGCAGGCGAAUACGAUUCGUGUUACGCCGCACUGUCGCACAAAACGUGUACGAUCGAGUGUGUGUGAUUGUGUGUGGAGGUUGGCUGGAUGUUUGGUAAUUUGAUCAUUUAGUACAGUGGGGAAUAUUAGUGAAUAUUAUUAGGCGUAAUAUAGAAGAAUAACGAUCAGAUCAGCGCAAAAGUGUUGUACGAGGUGAAAAGUAGCCAAAUUGAGUGUUCGAUCGGUGAUCGAUCGGUUAGAGUGUGCCUGAAUGCAGUAGAAUGAAUACGUGACUCAUAGUGUGCAAGAAUAUUGAUCUUCAUUACGCGGUUUCUAAAAGGAAUAGAAGAUUACACCUGCUUUGGUAGUAAACUUUCGCAAAAUAAGAUCAGUAGAUCAGCUUCUCCCGGAAGGGGUGUUAUUACCACGGUACGGCGGUGACGAUGAUCGUCCGGUGGCCAAAAAUGGUGCGUCCUGCCAGUGGUUUGUUGCUGUUCGUGUUGCUGUUUGCCGUUUGGUUCGAACUAUCCGAUGGUUGGCGUUAUGACAGAGUGCCUAGACUGUAUGGAGACAAGGUGCCGACGAAGGCAAUUUCGCCGCGAUUGCGCAAAGUUCAGCGACGGAUCGUGAUGCUGCACGAUUCGUACCGCACCAAGGUGAUACCACCGGCCGCGAAUAUGCUAAACAUGAAAUGGCACCAUGGAGCAGCCCGAUCGGCACAGAAGUGGGCAAAUCAGUGCCGUGUAUUGACGCACGACACACCGAAGGGACGAUGGAUUGAUAACUUUGGUGCCUGCGGUCAGAACAUCUUCGUUUCGACGCAUCGCGUCCCGUGGAUGUUUGCGUUGCGGACGUGGUUUUUGGAGCGGCAAAACUUUACGUACGGUUCCAGCAGAAACGCUCUCGACAGUGUCGGACACUACACGCAGAUGGUGUGGGCCGCCACACACAAGGUCGGCUGCGGUCUAACGAAGUGUCCGAAGGGUGGUCCACGAGGGAAACCAUUCUACAACUACGUCUGCAACUACUGUCCCAUCGGAAAUCACGGGGAGAAAUUGGGUUUGCCGUACAAACGUGGACGACCCUGUGGUUCCUGCCAGACAAACUGCCUUUCCCGUAAAAUAAGACUCUGCACCAACACGUGCAAUACCGCUGACCUGUGGGCGAACUGUCGCGAUCUUUACCGUACGUGGCCCGGUUGGCUGUGCAAUACGGCUACGUCGGAGGGAUUGGAACGUCAGCGAAACUGUGCUGCUACAUGCACCUGCCAUGGGAAGAUACACGACUGAUAACGUACCGGGGUAGAGGAAUGGUUCUGAUUUGCAGGAUGAUGUACUUAAAUCGAAACGAUUAGGCCAGUGCCAUGCAUUAGUGUGUUUUUUUUUGCGAGAGCUAUAUUUUUCCAUUUCACUUUCAUUUCCCAUCCACACUUAGAACGUGUGUGGUUCAUUUUUAGAGAUUAGAUGCUAGCUGUACGGUUAUCAGGGUUUUUGCUAAAAAACGGGUAAAUGUGAUGAGGGAUUCCAGGUGUGCUUAGGGGUUUUUUUUUGCGGAGAGAACAGCAAUGCUUCAGAAGGAACAGUUUUGGAACUAUAUUUUAUUUAAAAAAAAAACAAAAAAAAUGGAAUCGUAGUAGAAAGAGACACGAAAAGGAGAACGAAAAACUUAAACGAUCAACAAAAUUUUGGUAAGUUGUGUUUUGUGAUGUAAAUAGAAUUGGAUAGAAAUUAAAUUUCCUCAAUCCAAAAGCACGUGUGUGAUUCGAAUUCCGAGAGAGAAAGAGAGAGAGAGAGAGACAGAGAGAGAGAGAGAAACAAAAACAACAAAUGCUCCGUUAAAGUUGGAAUUGUUUUCAUCGGAACGAAGCAUAAUAUCAUCAUUGUGAUGAUGAGUGAGCGAGUGGCCUGUUCGGGCUCGUCACGUCAGCUUCCGGUGGUGAUGAAGUCUGUUGAGUGGCAGGUGAGUAUCGGUAUGAAUCAAAGCCAGCACCAGGGUAAGGUGCUAGGGAGGGAACACGACACAAUGUGGCGCAUGUGGUUUGAUGCUGUUUCUGGGUGAUGGUGCCAUCGUACGGUGACACUGUUAGCUAUUCGCACAUGUUGUAGCGUUGGAAAAAGGGGACACCGUUUUUUGGGGAGUGAGAUGACGAUAGAGAGGGAAACUGUUGACCUUAUGUUGGGUACAAUCCACCUAGAGUUUUUUUAAAGGGUUUUUAUUGCACGAAUUUAAUUGCUAAUACAUCAUAAGACUUUACUAACAAUCGGUGUACUUUUCCAAUAAUUUUUCAUCUUGUAAGUUGUCGGCCACUUUUGCCUCCACUAAUCUGCCACCCUUGUCCAAAGAAACAUAGCCUCGAUUUAUGACCCUUCUGACGGAUGGCUUCUAUCGUACACUGACCUUGUAUUGUGUUUCGGUUCCACGGCCACGGAAUAUACCCUCCCCGGACGUUACCUCUGAUGCACUUGUUUCACCGUUCCACCGGUGUGUCAUCUUUCUUGCUGCAGGGAACCGCAUGCGUCCGUAAUGAAGUCAUGAAAGAUGGUUCGACUUCGAGUUUGGUCGCAGGAAAAGCUAUCAGGUACCGAUAGUGAACGGACGGAACUAGGAG